GAGAGAGAAUUGACAUAGAAGGUUGCUUUCAGAGUAUUAAAGUCCUGAUGGUCUCUUCUUUACAACAUAUAUGAAACAGCCAUAUGCUUUGUGUGUGUAUAUAUACAUUAACCUUUCUUGGAACAUGUUUUCAUGGUUGGUUUGGUGAUAUUUUUGAAGUGAUCAAACUGUAAGCUUGUUUCUGUCUACACAAUACUAUAUACAUGGCUUUACGUCUGAGUAAUCCUUGUCCUUCUUCAUCCAUAGCCACCUCACAUCAUGACACAUUCCCAACAAGAACAUAUCACUCCACUUGGAUUUCUCGGGCUCGCUCAAGAAUCCAUCAAAGCAAGCAUUUUGAGCUCAAAUCCUCCAAUUUGCACCCGCUAAGCGCGGUCUCAUUGCAGGCUGGUUUAGCAGGGGAUGCUCUGGCUGAAGAACAUGUCGAGACCCGAUUCAGAGAUGAGUGCUUUCAUUUCUCUGAAUUGGAGAAGGCGGAGACUACUCUCAGUAUUAUUGUUGUUGGGGCUUCAGGGAACCUUGCCAGAAAAAAGAUUUUUCCUGCACUUUUUGCUCUUUUCUUCGAGGAUCGUCUACCUGAGAAUUUCACAGUAUUUGGAUAUGGACGAAGUGUAAUGAAGGAUGAGGAGUUGAGGGAUAUCAUUAGCAGAACCUUGACUUGCAGGAUUGACAAGAGGGACAAUUGUAAUGAGAAGAUGGAUCAAUUCUUAAAAAGAUGUUUUUACCAAUCAGGCCAGUAUAGUUCAGAGGAGCAUUUUUCAGAAUUGGACAAAAAACUAAGAGAGAAAGAGGCUGGAAGAUUGUCGAAUAGGUUGUUUUACUUAUCGGUACCCCAAAAUGUGUUUGAGGAUGUGGUGAGAUGUGCUAAACAUCGCGCUGCUGCAGAGAAUGGGUGGACAAGGGUAAUUGUUGAGAAGCCAUUUGGUCGUGACUUGAAGUCAUCCGGAGAGCUAACAAGAGGUUUAAAGCAAUAUCUAACGGAGGAUCAAAUAUUCAGAAUUAACCAUCAUUUGGGUGAGGAGCUUGUUGAGAAUCUCUUGGUUCUUCGUUUCUCAAAUCUUGUUUUCGAGCCUUUAUGGUCCAGGAACUACAUUCGCAACGUGCAACUGAUAUUUUCUGAAGAUUUUGGGACAGAGGGACAAGGCAGGUACUUCGAUAACUAUGGAGUUAUCAGGGAUAUAAUGCAAAACCAUCUUCUGCAAAUACUAGCAUUAUUUGCAAUGGAAACACCUGUCAGCUUAGAUGCUGAGGACAUCAGGAAUGAAAAGGUUAAAAUAAUGCGCUCAAUGAGACCUCUUCAGCUAGAAGAUGUUGUCACGGGCCAAUAUAAGGCCUCUAACGAGGGCAACACUUCAUAUCCCGCUUAUACAGAUGAUCCGGCUGUACCAAACAACAGUCUCACUCCAACUUUUGCAGCUGCAACUUUCUUCAUUAAUAAUGCUAGAUGGGAUGGAGUCCCUUUCCUAAUGGUAGCAGGCAAAGCUCUACAUUCCAAACGGGCAGAAAUCAGAGUUCAGUUCAGACAUGUCCCCGGUAACUUGUACAACCGGAAGUUUGGAACUGAUCUAGAUAAGGCAACAAAUGAGCUUGUGAUUCGCGUACAGCCAGAUGAAGCUAUUUAUUUGAAGAUCCACAACAAGGCUCCUGGUCUAGGAAUGAGACUGGACCGCUGUGACCUUAAUUUGCUCUACAAAGAAAGGUAUCCAAAAGAAAUACCAGAUGCAUAUGAGAGACUGCUCUUAGAUGCCAUAGAAGGAGAGAAGCGUUUGUUUAUCAGAAGCGAUGAGCUAGAUGCUGCUUGGGCAUUGUUCACACCAUUGUUGAAGGAAUUGGAAGAGAAGAAAGUCGCGCCUGAGCUCUAUCCCUAUGGAAGUAGAGGACCGAUUGGAGUGCAUUAUCUUGCUGCAAGGCACAAUGUCCAUUACGCGGAUUAUAGCUGCGAGGGCUGUUGAUCUGGUACUUUGGAGCUGCUACCAUGGCCUCUGCUUGGUCACCACUUAUGUGCCAUUCCUUGUCAUGUUCUUGACUGUUAUUAGUGAUGUUUCUUUGGAUCAGUCUAAUUUGUAGAUAAUUGGAAAGUUAAAUGAUAUUGUGAGAUGGAAGAAGUUUAUGUAUAAUUUGUACAUUGAACAAUAAUUGAAACUACAAUCUGCAUAGAUUCAGGGUGGUCUUAUCUGUAUUGAUUAGUAGGUGGAGUUGUAAUGGUUUUUUUACUUGGUUGAGAAAAAGAUAUAAUAAAAAAUGUUUUAAUGGAGGUUUUUUUUUU